UGCCCAGGACACCCAGGAAUGGUGGGAAGCACUGGACACCCCUGACGUCUCACAAAGGCACUGCCCCACAGUUCUCCGCCUCAUCACAAUGCCCGGGUGAGCCCUGAAGCCCACAGUGGCACCUGUGGGACCAUGGGGGGAGAGUGAAGGUCACCAACUGCCACGCACCAUGUGUUGAAGUUUUCGAGCCCUGGAGCAGAACACCCACUUUGGUAAAGCCCAUCAGGAUCGCUCAACAUGCCAAAAACGGACGCAGGCGAGAAGCUGCUCUGUGAGCUGGGCUACAAGCUGGGUCAGACCUUAGGGGAGGGCAGCUUCUCCAAAGUGAAAGCGGUCACCUCCAGCAAAUACAAGGUUCCCUUAGCCGUCAAGGUGGUGGACCGGCGACGAGCCCCCCCAGCCUUCGUGUACAAGUUUCUGCCCCGGGAGCUCUCCAUCCUGCGCAAGAUCCGGCACCCCAACAUCGUGCGCAUCUUCGAGCUCAUCGAAGUGUGCAACGGGAAGCUCUACAUCGUGAUGGAGGCAGCGGCCACCGACCUGCUGCAGCUGGUGCAGCAGCUGGGGAAGCUGCCCUGCGUCCCCGAGGCCCGGGACAUCUUCGCGCAGGUCGUAGGGGCCGUGCGCUACCUGCACGACCGCAACCUGGUGCACCGGGACCUCAAGUGCGAGAACGUGCUGCUCGCUGCGGACGGCCGCCGGGCCAAGCUCACCGACUUUGGUUUCAGCAAGGAGGCCAACAGCUAUCCGGACCUGAGCACCACCUUCUGCGGGUCAGCAGCCUAUGCUUCCCCCGAGGUGCUGCUGGGCAUCCCCUACGACGCCAAGAAGUACGACAUGUGGAGCCUGGGGGUGAUGCUCUUCGUGAUGGUGACCGGCUACAUGCCCUUCAACGACACCCGCAUCCGCAGCAUGCCCCAGCAGCAGAAGAAGGGGGUGCUGUACCCGGAGGGGCUGCCCCCGCUGCCGGAGCCCUGCCGAGCCCUCAUCGGCCAGCUGCUGCGCUUCAGCCCGGCCUCGCGGCCCGGCGUGGGGCAGGUGGCCAAGAACAGCUGGCUGAAGGGGGACAUCUGAAGGAGGAGGUCCUCCCCGGAGACCCUGGGAGGGCGGUCACAUUUUGGUGCAAUCAUUGCUGUAGAGGAAAAGCA